AUGCGCAACGCUUUAAAGGAGAUAGCGGAAGCUAUCAAACAGCGAACCAAUCCCAUUCGCGACUCUUUUCCGGGUGUAAUAAAUCAUCCUACUCAUGGCCAAACAAUUCUGAAUACCGAUGAACCUCUGCUUGCAGAGCCUCUCGAACGAGAUGUUUUGGCUUAUAGAUAUCACCAUGGGACGAAUCUCGGGGCCAUUUUUGUGGCGGAGAAGUGGUUGUAUGGGAAUUUAUUCCCAGAAGGGGCUACAGGGGACAGUGAACUAGAUGCUGUGAAAGCCCAGGUCAACCUCCACGGCAUCGACUCCACCCGCCAACUAUUCGAAACGUUUUGGUCUACAACUAUGACCCCAGAAGACUGGGUAUUCCUGGCCAAUAAAGCUUCUGUAACCACAGUCCGACUACCAAUCGGCUACUUUAGCCUCGGUCCGGACUUUUGUCGCUCAACUCCCUUUGAGAAGUACAGUGGAGUCUACACCAACUCCUGGCUGUAUAUCAAACAAUACAUCGUCUCCGCUGCUUCCCAUGGGAUUGCCACGCUCAUAGACCUACACGCUCUCCCCGGUGGUGCCAAUUGUGAUUCUCACUCUGGGACUUCUAGCCAUAAAGCCGAGCUAUGGGGCAAUUCAAAGAAUCUUAAACUCGCCAUCGAAUGUCUCAAAUUCAUCGCUCAUGAAACGAAAGACAUACCGUUCGUUAUCGGGUUACAACUUGUCAAUGAAGCUGUGUAUGGGGCUCAUGGGAUGUAUGAGUUCUAUGAUCAAGUAAUUGAUGAACUGGGGAAGAUUAACCCGCAUUUGAACGUUUAUAUCUCCGAUGCAUGGGAUAUAAAUAUUGCGCUGCAGUAUUCAAUUAAGAUGAAUGCAAGGGGAGGGUGUCGUGUUGUUGUAGAUACGCAUAAGUACUACACUUUUGCUGAGGAGGAUAAGAAGUUGAAUCCACAUCAGAUUAUUGACAAGGUGAAUUUGGCCGAGGUAGAGAAUAACAAGGGGAAAGGCGCAGCAGUAGUCAUCGGGGAGUAUAGUUGUGUGAUGGAUGGAAGAAGCUGGGGAAAUAUACAAGGAAACGAGAGGAAGGAGUUAGCGACAAGAUUUGGCAAGAAGCAAACGGAAACAUGGUGGAGGGGCUGUGGAGGAAGUUUCUUCUGGACGUAUAAAAUGGCGUGGAUGCCAGGCGGAGAAUGGGGCUUCAGCGAACAGACGAACAACGGCGCAAUCCCGGCCCCUCCACUUGCAGCAGCUGAUAACACCGCCGUUCAAGAAGGGAUAUUCAAGGCCUCUAGAUCCAGAGAGGAUCUUAAAAAUGCUUCAAUGGCUCAACAUACAAAUUACUGGAACCAUGCUUCCCCCGGGCAAUACUUUGAGCACCAUCGAUUCCAAGACGGGUGGGAAAUGGGUUUUAAUGACGCCCUAAUAUUCUUUACCUAUAGACUCAAUCGAACCGGUGGUGGGAUCACAAGAACAGGGGCAGACAGAAUUGGUAUGCUUGACUUGUGGGUGAAAAGGAGAGAGUUAGAAUACGAGACUCUAGAAGUUCGAGAGAAAGGUAGAGCUGUUGAUAAGAAGUUCCUUUGGGAAUUUGGCCACGGGCUUCGACAGGGUAUCAAGGACUUUGAGCAUGUCGUUGGAUUCUGCUGA